AUGAAUACCCACCUAGAUGUUCCAGCUAAAAGACCAAAGGGAGGCUUGGUAACCAUACCGUUCAUAAUAGCAAAUGAGGCACUUGAGAAGGUGGCAAGCUGGGGGCUGGUUCCAAAUAUGAUAAUGUACUUGAUGCUAGAGUACCAUCUGGGAUUAGCCGAAGGGGCCAACUUACUCUUCUACUGGUUAGCUGCCACCCAAUUCAUGCCUCUCUUCGGGGCUUUCCUUGCUGAUUCAUAUCUUGGUCGCUUCCUCACCAUUGCCUUGGGUUCAAUUGCCAGUCUCUUGGGAAUGCUACUCCUAUGUUUGACAACCAUGAUUCCAGAAGCACGGCCUCCUCCAUGCAAUCCAUUUACGACACAUAGCUGCAAAUCUCCAACAACUGCUCAAAUGACUCUUCUAAUCUCCUCCUUUGCAAUCAUGUCCAUUGGAGCUGGUGGAACUAGGCCAUGUUCCCUAGUAUUUGGUGCAGAUCAGUUAGAAAAGAAAGAUAAUCCCCAAAGCCAGAGAGUCUUAAGAAGCUUCUUUGGCUGGUACUACGCUUCUGCAGCUCUUUCAAUCUUGAUUGCCUUCACGGGAAUUGUCUACAUUCAAGAUCAUCUAGGAUGGAAAGUGGGUUUUGGAGUUCCUACCAUUCUUAUGUUCUUGUCUGCUUUCUUCUUUUUCCUUGCUUCACCCUUAUAUGUCAUGAAGAAACCCAGCAAGAGCAUUUUCACAAGCUUUCUUCACGUGCUUGUGGCUGCUUAUAGAAAAAGAAAAUUCCCACUGCCACACACGGACUUAAGUUACAAGUGGUAUUAUCAAAAGGGCUCAAAGCUUGUCCUGCCAACCAACAAGCUAUGGUUUUUAAACAGAGCUUGCAUCAUUAGAAAUACUGGAAAAGAGAUAGCACCAAAUGCAUUUGCAGCUUCAGAUCCUUGGAAUUUUUGCACAAUAGAGCAAGUGGAAGAGGUAAAAGCACUGAUUAAGGUCUUACCAUUGUGGUCUACAGGGAUCAUGGUGUCAAUAAGCGCUACUCAGAGCUCAUUUCCAUUGCUUCAAGCUAAGUCCAUGAACAGACACAUCACUUCAAGUUUUAAAAUUCCACCAGCCUCUUUUGGAUUGUUUUCAAUCGUUGCUCUAAUAGUUUGGGUUGCUCUUUAUUACCGCGUGAUCGUUCCCUUAGCGUCAAAAAUCAAAGGUAAACCAAUGUGGCUAGGUGCAAAGCAAAGAAUGGGAAUUGGAGUAUUUCUCUCAUGCUUGGCCAUGGUAGUUUCCGCAAUGGUAGAGAAAAUUCGACGUGGAAGAGCGAUACAGGAAGGGUUUAUGAACAAUGCAAAUGAAGACUCAGAGAUGUCUGCUUUGUGGCUUGUGCCACAAUAUUGCUUGAUUGGAUUAGCUGAAGCCUUUAAUGCAAUAGGCCAGAUUGAGUUUUAUUAUGCAGAGUUGCCAAAGGGUAUGUCAAGUAUUGCCAUGGCUCUCUUUCAAUUAGGAAUGGGGUUUGCAAGCUUGACAGCUAGUGCUAUACUGAGCACUGUUAAUAAAAUAACUUCAAGUGGAGGAAAAGAUAGCUGGGUUUCAAAGAAUAUUGACAAGGGUCAUUAUGACAAUUACUAUUGGCUUCUUGCUGUGUUGAGCUUUAUAAAUUUGCUGUACUUUUUUGUUUGUAGUUGGAUUUAUGGACCUGCAGCUGUUGAAUUAGAAUCAGAAAUUAAGGAUGGACAAAUUGGCGAAUGA